UGUCAGCAUCAAGUCACAAAUCAACUCCCAACGAAAGGCAGAGGAAGUUGAUCUCACUUUAGCUGUUCCAUAAUUAUCUGUUACAAGGAUAAACGUACCUUCUUCACAAGCUUUGGGCCUAGAGGAGAUGCAGUAAGUGUGACUGUGUGGUGAGACCGUGUUACAGACCACCCAGCCAAGGUAAGAAAGUGGAUGGACAUUUCACCCUUUCAAGUAACUCCAGGAAGUCUCUUUAUCAGAUGCCUCCCGAGGCCUCUUUCAAACCACAUUAGCCUGUUCUGAUAGCCUAAUAAGAAGUGCCAUAUACAGAUUUGGAGAAGGUUACCAAAUCAAUGUCAGAGUAAUUCCUUUGUGCCACAGUUAAAAUCUGGAAAAAUUACAACUUUUGUAAAAUUAAAGAAAUUACAAGAAGAAGAGGAUGCUCAUAGUAUCCCUGCUUCUGCAGGAACAGGAUUUUACAGGCUUAAGCGCACUCAUCUUUGUAUCAUGGGCAAAGCUAUUUGCUUUACAGUUAGUUAUGCAGUCAGUAGCAAGUGAUUGAUUCAAGGUAAACAAUCCAUACUCCAGCUUCUCCGUGCAGUCCCCAGACUACCCCUUUCUGGGCCAAGGCAAGUGCCUGUACAGCCCAGCUCCAAGCUGUGUGUGUUGGGUCAGCGUCCCCACCAGAGUCCCUGUGCUGACACAGGCUGGGAUCAGAGGCAGCAGCACCCCAGCCAGGGAGAGAGAGCUCACUGGUCCUACCCCCGUGUUUCUUUUCAUGCAUCAAACCGUUUCUCAGGCAAGGAGAGCAAGUGUUUGCCUAGGAAGUGGCUACAUAGGUAGUUCUGUAGCCAGAGAACUAAAACAAGAAACAAGGUCUACACCUACACAAGGGAAUUAAAUUUUACAGGGCUUUUUUUCUCUUGAAGAAAACGCGCUACGUUAAAGUCCUUCUGGCAUCAACGCAGCCGAAAACGACACCGGCUCUGGAAGCAACAACUGCCGUCAGGGUGGUGCUUGCAGCGGCCGCACACGCGGGUACCGCCCGCCCGCCGCUACGGGAGCUGCGGCCCGUGCUCGCCGGCAGAGCGGGCGUUUCCCCCGCGGAGCCCGCGCGCCCCGGCACACCCGGCCCCGCUCCCGCGGGGAGCGGCGGGGCCCAACCACCCCGACCGCCGGGUCCGCCUCCCCGGGGGCGGGGCUAGGGAAGCGGAAGCCGUUCCGCCCGCCCGGCAGCGCCCGGCGCGGUGUGGCACCAUGGCUGACGAAGAGGAGGACGCGCCGUUUGAAGAAGACGCGGAAGAAGCUGGAGGGGGCUUGGACGGCGGGCAAGGCAAGAGGAAAAGGCUGUUCUCCAAAGAACUAAGAUGCAUGAUGUAUGGAUUCGGGGAUGACCAGAACCCUUACACAGAGUCAGUGGACAUUCUUGAGGACCUGGUAAUAGAGUUUAUCACGGAAAUGACACACAAGGCCAUGUCAAUUGGGCGGCAGGGUCGUGUACAGGUUGAGGACAUUGUCUUUCUGAUACGCAAGGACCCCCGGAAGUUUGCCAGAGUUAAAGACCUCCUAACUAUGAAUGAAGAACUGAAACGAGCCAGAAAGGCCUUUGAUGAAGCAAACUAUGGAUCUUGAUUCUGUGCACAAGCUGUACUGGGGCAUUACCUGGGCACCUGCUGCCCAAAAGGAAGGAACAUCAUGCAUGGUGUUUGGAGGGACUAUUCAGGAUGGAGGUCACGUCAUGUCUGCCCUCACUCCCAGCCUUUUCCAAGAAGUAUUCAAGCAGCUGGAUGUUAUCUGAUUGUAUGUGGUAUACUUGGGUAUUUUUGUAUUGGUUUAUGAAUUGAGAAAAGAGCUCUAAUGAUUCUUGUAAUGGUGGGAAGUCUGAAAUAGAACUGUGUUGAAUUGGAUAUCUAAAGGGCUAAUUAUGUGUGAUUCUCUACAGCUGUUUCAGUUAUCACUGGGUAUUCCUGUGACAGGAAACCUAGAAAAUGGAUCUUGGUGAACUAGACAAAGUCUUCAAAAGCCCAAACUACUAUAGGAAUUCUGCUCUUUGCUCUGUAUAUGCUCUCUGAAUAAACCAUUUUAAGUUUGUGC